AUGACUACACUCCUUCUAUUUGCCAUUCUGCCAUUGCUACUAAGCCAAGAACUUCGCCCGAUCUACAACAUCGCGCACAUGGUGAACUCUAAAGAACAAGUCAGCGAGUUUAUGGAAAAAGGGGCCAAUGCAAUUGAAUUCGACGUGCAGUUUUAUGACAACGGCACUGCGUACCGCACAUAUCAUGGAAUUCCAUGCGACUGCUUCAGAAUCUGCACUAAAAGCGCUGAAAUCGAGGACUAUUUUGAUUACAUUCGAAAUCUUACGAUUUCUGGGGGCAAAUAUUACGGAAAGUUACUACUUCUCAUGUUAGAUCUAAAGUCUUCCGACGUAUCAAUCGACAACAAACUAUCAGCCGGAGCAGAUAUUGCCAGCAAGCUGAUGGAUCAUCUCUGGAUAAAUGUUCCAUUCAAUGAAGCGGUGAAUAUAUAUCUGUCUAUCGGGCACGUGACUGACAAGGACGUAUUGAGAGGAGCUGUACAAGCCAUACAACAACGUGACGCCAAGUAUCUUGACCGCAUCGGGUUUGACGUGGGCCUGGGCGACAGCCUGGAGGACAUACGCGACAUGUACAGGGAACUGAACAUCUCCGGGCAUCGAUGGCUAGGAGACGGAGACACUAACUGCUAUUCUUUCCUGCUCCCCACGACACGACUGGAGGCGGCAAUCGCCGACAGGAAGGCCAAUAACGCCACCAGCUUUGUGGACAAAGUGUACUUUUGGACUACUGAUAGUAAGACGACGAUAAGAAAAGUACUCAGGUUGGGGGUCGAUGGUAUCAUCACCAAUCAUCCGGAAUAUCUGAGUGCAAUUAUCGAAGAAGAGGAAUUCAAGAAGACCUUGAGGCUUGCUUCCACGCAGGACAAUCCUUUUAUGAGAAUUCCGUAGUUAAAAUCCGAGAGUGGAAACACCUUUUGUUCGGACAGCGAAAUAAGAUUUCGCAAGCACUGCAGACAAAAGAACAAAAUUUUAAUUUUCUUUCCCGAG